AAAACUCUGGUAUCACUGACUGUGGUGCUUGUCGAUCAGCUGUAUUGCGACCUGACGUUUUACUAACAUUUUUAAUAAAUCAGAUAAGAUGAUUCGUAUCCAGCUGUUGCAGUUACUGGCGACAACAGCCAUUUUUAGUAUUGCGUAUAGCUACGAGAAGGAAAUGACGGUUUAUAUAGACGCUGGCAGAAACGAGUGCUUCUAUCAUCCUGUCCGCAAUAGUGAAACCAUCGAUAUAGAAUACCAAGUAAUUGACGGGGGCCAUGGAGACUUAGAUAUAAGUUUCUCAUUGCUUGAUCCGAUAGGAUUAGUAAUUGUCAGUGACUAUAAAAAGCCCGAAAACAUACAUCGGCAUGAAGCAAACAAGGCAGGUGACUAUCGUUUCUGUUUCGAUAAUACAUUCAGUUCGUAUAAUCGCAAAACUGUGUUCUUUGAAUUAAUCAUUGAGCAAGAAGGAAAAUCAGCUUUUGAUGAUGAUUGGGAUACGGCUUCUACUGCCAAAACAGCAGAAGAAUUGUAUGACAUUCAAGUACAUGAAAUUUUGGAAUAUGUCGGUCGGGUCCACAUGCAGAUGGCAAGGGCUCAUCAAAUUCUUAAUAUGUUAAGAUCAAACGAAGCUCGCGAUCGCAACUUGGCGGAGGCGAAUUACUCUAAAGUUAAUUUGUGGUCACUAUUCCAGAUUUGUUCUAUGAUUUCAGUCGGAUUGCUGCAGGUAUUUAUGGUUCGAAGCAUUUUCGACACUAACACGCGUAUGAGUUCAUUUUGGAAAAAAAUGGGAUUGUGAUACGCAUUUAAUCUCAGAGAACCCGUGACACAUGUAAAGUUCUGUAGUAGAAGUGCAGUUUUUCGCCAUUUUCCCCGUUUAAAGCCAAAGAAAAUUAUUUCGAAAGAUGUAAAGAAAUAUCAUAUGAAAUGUAGAAUACUCAAAACAUAUGUAAAUUUCAUGUAAUUAAUUAAGUGAUCUCGAAACCCAGUCAUCUUUGAAAUACUAUUUUGCUAUGUCGCAGCAUUAAAUAAUUUGCCAUAUUACAAAUAAGUCAUAAUUUUAAGUACUUUUGGGUUUAAAAACUUCGCGAAACAUUUAUCUUUUUAACAAGUGGAAUUAUAUUUUCUCUUUUAAAAGUUAUCUCGAAAAGUCCUUAAGAAAUACAUUGCUUACAACAAUAAAACCAAAGUUUAUGCUUGAGCCAC